UGAUCCUCUAUUCAAAACUCGCGCCCUCCAGGCCAUCAAGCAAGAAGCGACAGUGUGACAGUGAUGAGUGGUGUAGUGUGGAUGUGUGCGUCCGUCAAUCUUUCGUACCUACGGCUUUCCGUGAGGCGGCUGGAGCAGGAAAUCGCCGAGCCGUGCUGCAGAGGUGAGGAAAGGAUGGCAGGUGGUGCCGCGGUGAACACUGCCAACACGUGCAGGAGGAAAGAAAGGAUGGCAGGUGGUGCCGCGGUGAACACUGCCAACACGUGCAGGAGGAAAGAAAGGAUGGCAGGUGGUGCCGCGGUGAACACUGCCAACACGUGCAGGAGGAAAGAAAGGAUGGCAGGUGGUGCCGCGGUGAACACUGCCAACACGUGCAGGAGGAAAGAAAGGAUGGCAGGUGGUGCCGCGGUGAACACUGCCAACACGUGCAGGAGGAAAGAAAGGAUGGCAGGUGGUGCCGCGGUGAACACUCCCAACACGUGCAGGAGGAAAGAAAGGAUGGCAGGUGGUGCCGCGUUGAACACUGCCAACACGUGCAGGAGGAAAGAAAGGAUGGCAGGUGGUGCCGCGGUGAACACUGCCAACACGUGCAGGAGGAAAGAAUGGAUGGCAGGUGGUGCCGCGGUGAACACUGCCAACACGUGCAGGAGGAAAGUGCGUACCUGCUUCAUUACAUCAUGUGCACUCUGUUUUCGAACUCGAUGUUAAACUUUUUUUUUCCGUGUCAACCGAAACCUGUCUGAUGCCUGCCUUUCUCCUGUCUGCUUCCCACGAAUCUAUGAAGGAAAGAAAGGAUAUGCUUCCAUGGUAUCGUGUCAGUAGUAUUAUCCAUUGAAGGAUUAGUUUAAACCUUUUUCCAGAGCGUUGUUUUGUCUCCAAUUUUUCUGCCUUCCCAGGGUAUAUAUAUGAAAGAAGAAUGUAAAUUUAGUCUAUACUGUUCAUUGCAACAUCUUACAGGGAAAAAGUUCUUUGAGGAUUAACCGAGAAUCUUUUUCAAAGCUAUAAUUUUUGUAUUUCAGUCUUCGUGUGCUUAUUUUAGUGUAUGCAUAGAGAAAAGAAGGAUUCGAUAUCAUACAUUUUCUAUAAUAGUGUCAUCUUUAUAUUUACUUGGAAAUUCAGUUGAAACCUAACAUUUAGGUAUCAUUUUUGCGUUCCAAUUUUUUUUCGUAUGUAUCUUUUGUAUGUACGAAUAUACGAGUAAAGAAAGGAAAGAUGCAAUUACAAAAAAACUUUCCAGCAUAACAGGAAUAUUCACCUGAGACUUUAUUAGGUAACAAAUAUCAGAUCUUCUAAUUUAUCCGUUUAUUUAUCGUUUACUGUGUUUUAACGUUAUGUAGAUUAAUAAUAUUUUGCA